UUGCAGAAUUCUACAUACAUCGAAGAUGCAGUAAAUAGUUCAUUUCUCACGGAAGAGUUAUCGCAUUUGGACACCGAGGCGAGCUGUAACCACCUUGCGACCAUCACGAUGCCAGGAACGUGCUUGAUGACCGAUGCGGUCAGGACAGUGGAUAGUUAGUGAUGAGGAGGAGCAAGUUAUCGGCGUGCCGACGGCCCAGGUCACCAGUAACAUGCCAGUCCUCGAUCCCAGCGCCGAUUCAACUCCACUUCGAGGACUUCUGAUCGCCAUCUUCGUCCUAUUGUCCCUGCCGCGUUGUCGCUGCUCGGAUCUAGGACAAUGCACCACGGCGUUGGGCAUGGAGAGCGGAGAAAUCCCCGAUGAAGACAUCUCGGCGAGUUCUAUGUACGAUCCCAGCCUCGGACCGAAACAUGCCAGGCUACGACAAGACAAGGGCGGCGGCGCGUGGUGCCCGAGAAAUAUGGUAACCAAGGAGGGCAAGGAAUACCUGGAGGUGAAUCUGCACUCUCCGCGUUUACUGACGUCCACGAAAACGCAGGGCAGAUUCGGCAACGGUCACGGGGUCGAGUACACCGAGGAGUACUUUGUCGAGUAUUGGCGGCCGGGGUUCAACAAGUGGGUGCGAUGGAGGAAUCGACAUGGUAUGGAGCUUCUGGUGGGCAAUAAUAAUCCGUACACGGAAAAGGAGCAGAUCUUCGAUCCAGCUGUAAUCGCAACGAAAAUCCGCUUCAUCCCCUACACCUCUCAUAUGCGCAUAGUGUGUAUGCGCGUGGAGCUUUAUGGCUGUCCAUGGACGGAGGGUCUCGUCUCGUAUUCCAUGCCCCAAGGAAUCAAGAGGGGCUCCGAGGUUGACCUUUCCGACAGGACGUACGACGGCCGCGAAGAAGGAGGUUACCUCUCCGGGGGACUUGGUCAACUUGUCGACGGGCAAAAGGGUCCCGACAACUUCAGAUUGGACGUCAGCGGCAACGGAAAGGGAUACGAAUGGGUCGGCUGGCGGAACGACACGCCCAACAUGCUCGGACGUCCGGUGGAAAUAACUUUCGAGUUCGACUACUCGAGGAACUUCACUGCCAUACACCUACACAUGAACAAUUACUUCACCAAGGACGUGCAGGUCUUCUCGUACGCGAAGGUCUACCUCGGUACGGGCGGCAACCAGUUCACUGGCGAGCCUGUCCAUUUCUCUUACAUACCCGAUCAAGUGCUGGAGCAGGCGCGCGAAGUCACCAUAAAGCUGCACUCGCGCGCCGGUCGCUUCCUAAAGCUGCAGCUCUACUUUGCGGCGCGGUGGAUCAUGCUCAGCGAGGUAAUCUUCGAAUCAGUUAUCUCCGAAUGGAACAAUACCGAGGACGAGGAGGCGAAGAACAAGAGUGCCAUUGUACAGGCAACCGGCAGCCCUUAUCAGAAUAACGAGGGUCCACUGCAACAAGACGAAGUGAAGGCUACUUUUAAUAAGGAGGAAAGCAAAGAUAACACCUUUCCAGAUAAGAGCAAGGAACCGGAAUCGAAGCAAUUCGUCGGGCUGGUGAUCGGCAUUCUGACGACCGUGAUUGUGAUGCUGCUCGCAGCGAUCACGUUCAUCUUCUACAGGAACCGUAGACUCAAGGCUGCUCUCGUACCGUCAACCUUCUACGAUCAACAGGGUGAUCUCAAGGUCUCCGUGCCGGAGGAGGGCGAGGACAAGGGACCAAUUUGCCCUCCGCUUCCAGCGCAGUAUCAACCGGCAGCCUACAGCACGACGACGCCGCAGCUGCACAAACCCGUCACGGAUUACGGCGGAAUCACCGAGGUGCAGCCGGUUAUACCGCUCCUGCUUAACUCAACGAUCAAUCUUGCCAGGCCAAUUCCGGCGGUCCAAGAAUAUCCUAACCCGCCGCCCAUACCACCUCCGCCGGAAAAGUAUUACGCCAGUACGGAGAUCUGUAAGAGCCCUUUACCGCCCCUGCCACCCUCGCCGACACCGAGUACACCACCGCCAAUGAGUGCAAAAGCCUCCAGCAGUAUGACGAGCUACAGUCCGGAGGAUAUGCUCACGGAGGAAGAGGAGGAAAUACCCGAAUGUAUCCUCGACUUCCCGCGAGAGAAACUCAACAUCGUUGAAAAUCUCGGUUGCGGAUACUUCGGCGAUGUUCACCUCUGCGAGGUCGACAGGUUUCCUGGAUACGAUGAGGUCUUCAGGAAUACUUCCAGCGACCUGGUUGUUGUUAAAUCCCUAAAGCCAGGAUCUUCCGAUGCUCUCAGGAUAGAAUUUCAACAGGAGGUGAAGAGGCUGGUACGACUCGCCGAUCGAAAUGUCGCGCGGCUACUCGGUGCCAGUCUCGAGGACGAUCCCAUGUGCAUUGUAUUGGAAAACGGCGAGUGCGGGGAUUUGAAUCAAUACCUCCAGAGCCACAUCGCCGAAACCUCGAACCUGCACAGCGCAAAGACGCUCAGUUUCGGCACACUGGUUUACAUGGCCACGCAAAUAGCAUCCGGCAUGAAGUAUCUUGAGGAAAUGGACUUCGUGCAUCGAGACCUUGCCACAAGGAAUUGUAUAGUGUGCCGCGGAUGCACCAUUAAGAUAUCUGAUUUGGGCUGUGGACGAAGCGCGUAUGCGGCGGAUUAUUUCCGCGUUGAAGGACGUCCUCCAUUACCGAUACGAUGGAUGGCAUGGGAAUCGAUGCUAAUGGGAAGGCAGACCUGCAAGGGCGACGUCUGGGCGUUCGCUGUCACGCUAUGGGAAAUCUUGACGUUCGCGCGGGAGCAACCCUUCGAGGAAUUUCCGGAUCAUCGAAUAGUGGAGAACGCGACUUACUUUUAUCAGGAGGAUGAGCGAAGGAUGAUAUUACCGCUGCCAAAGAAUUGCCCUAAAGAGAUUUACGACUUGAUGCGCGAGUGCUGGCAAAGGAACGACGUCGACCGGCCAACCUUCCGCGAGAUUCAUUUGUUUCUGCAACGGAAAAACCUCGGCUACAAGCCCGGUGAGUCGAACGAUACCUGAUACAGAGAACUGGAAGGCUGGAAUCUCAUCCGGCUUUCUAUGAUCGGAGAGCUAAACGGCAACUGGUGGAACUGCCCCUCAUCGACCAAGCUGGACCAAGUCAGACCAAGUUAGUACCUAGGGUGACGAUCCAUAAAUCGGCUAGAACGGACGUAAAUCGUUUGUGACGGCCCGCGGUCAUAUGCGUCCACCGUGUCGACGAUAACCGACAUUGUAUGACAUGAUACUACGUGCAAGAAAGAGGCGUAGAAAGCUAACGAGCUGAUCGCGUUCAGAACUUUUCGCGGUUCGCGACAUUAAUAUCAGGUUCUUUUUGGUCGUCACCAUACAUCGCUGUGAAUAACGCUGUGACUUUAAAUCGAUAACCGGUAUGAAUCGCACAAAUCACCGUAGCAUCCGUGUUACGAAGACAUUAUCUGUAUAAAAUUUGCCUUUUUUUUUACGAUUUCUUUACACGAAUCAAAGCUACACGAAUCGUUAUACUGCCAAGAAUGAAUCGACAUCUAUCUUAUCGGUGUAUACAUCAUCUAGAGAAUAUUGGCCGUGGAAUGUUAAUUCUUUUUUUUUUUAAGCAAACUAGUUUUCGACCUGUCAAGUUAUUAUUUAGCUGACACAUCCGUUUGGGAGAGUUCAAUUAAACGCGCUCGGUUAAUGUGAUAUAUCGCUAGAUCUUCCGGUUUGUCUUCGUGCAAUUUCUUUUUCAUUUUCUCCCGCCGUUGUUAGGUCUGCAAAAGUUACGCGUCGAUCAAAGCGGAUAGCAUUGCGAUAAUGAUCCCGCGUAUCCGCGGCGCCGUAUCCCACACUCGUGCAAUCGAAAUGGAUAGAUUAUGAUUUUGAUCCGCGGCAUUCGACACGAAAUGGAACGUUACUAGUGCCGGCAAUACGCGGGGAGCACGUUCGAUAAAUCGCACAUACGCUGUUCCGAAAUUGAUACUGUCAGCAAACAAGCUUAUGAUAUUCCCGCCGUAACGGCACUCGCGUCACGUUCGGGAUAUACGUUGAUCGGACGCGAAAAUCGCGCACGGUACGUAACAUUUCCCCCGACGAAUAACGUAGUCGUUUCAAAACUCCAACCCUCGGGGAAAAAAAAGUGAUCCUUUACCCGGGAUCGGAGUCCAUCGACUUUCACGUGGGAUUACGUUAUCCGUUUUCGGGCCUUUUGUAUGUCAGUCUCACAUACAGUGUGUUUUGUGAAAGAAACUUGUUUUUUUUUUUAUCAAAAAACAUAGAUCUAUAUACAUGUAUACAAUUUUUAAGACAAUUAAGCGAGUUGUUGUUUUUAGCGAAAGCAAAAUCUAUUGUGAGUGUAUACGAUUGAAUCGGCUGUAAUAUUAAUCAGUGUGUUUCCGACAUUCGACGUAAGCGAAGCUUUUACCGUUUUUAUUUUUAAAGCUAUCGUUCGAAGAGACAAAUGUAAAGACAGGCUAAUUAUCGUUGAUCCAAUCGUCGUUUAAUUGCGCGACCAAUAUCCUUGCCUUCGAUUCACUCGAAUGACGCUUCUCCGUUAACUUUUUAAUUGAACACUCGUCGUAGUGGCGUAUUGAGAGAAUUAUACGAACGUCGCUUCAAGGAGCUUAUCAAUGCACAAAGAAUUAUGAAGUGGGUUUUGAGAGGAGCGUUCUGUUAAAUUAAUCAGAUCGUUGUGCUGUACAAGAAGCAUUUUUCGAAGUAUUCGGAAAAAGGAAUAAUCUUAAGCCGCGAAUUUGCGUUAAGUUCUCUUAACUACUAUUAAGCUUAAGAUGCGCUUAGCCGAAGUGCAUAAAUGUUUGACAAUACCAUUAGAGGUUGCAGUAUAAAUUCAUAUAGAGUGUGUAAAGAAUGUUAAAGGAUUAAUCAACAUUGUAAAUUAUUAAAUCAUUCUAAGACCGGCAGUCUGUUGACGGUCGUAUCGCAUAAUCGUUUCGGGGUCGUACGCCCUAUCGAUUCACAAAACUACGCCUGUGCCCCCUUCGCGCGGUACGGGCGAAAGCCAUAAGUUGAAUGUAUCGUGAUUCUAGAAGGGAAAAAAAAGAGAAGCACAUGUGACCUGACGUUAAGUUUAUAGCGUGGAAUAGAGAUGAGCGAUUUACCCGGUAAAUGUUUUUGCUUGAUUUGUUGCGCAUAAAAUCCGUAAUCAGAUUUACAGAUUAAUGUUUGAUAGAACGCGUCUAAUUAUUUGUGCAUUCCUCGUCGAUCGAAUUUGUACGAUUAACACACUUCUCCAAACUUCUGAUCUCUCUAUUUGUACAGACACGUGUGUUCCAACGGUGAAAUGCAUUUCCCAGGUAAAUGGCUAUCAUUAGUUUGACAUAAUGAAAAGACUUAUAUACUUGUUAGAGUGAUUCUACAUGAGACGUAUGGCGAAAGGAGGGUAAAUAGCUGUGCAAGAAUUGACAGAGGUAUUUCGUGACGUCCAAGAAAAUCUAACGUCGCGUAAAUUUCUAUACAUUGCAGCCUCAUUCGGGCUAGGACACACUCAUGCGCUCGUGAUCUGUAAGAUAAUUAAAAGUAGAACAUAUAAACAAUGAAUGUGUACGGUUAAAUAGUUACGCAAAAGGAUCCUCUCGUUCCUUUAUUACUGUAUAUUUCGAAGAAUUCGCUUCUACAGAUCUAUGUGAACCAAAGUGAUAAGAUUACACAUUAGCUCUUAACCUCAGAUGUGAGUUUAUUUAAAAAUUUCUUUUAUUAUUCUAUUUUACUACUAAUAAUAAUUCUUUUUCAAAAUAUACUUAAACGAAUAUAAUAUGUACAAACUUUGUCUGUUUCUGUUUCAAUUCUUUAUAAAUAUAUUAUUAUUCGAAAUUAUUUUAUCCUUUUAAAAGCGUAUAUCUAAAAAUUGUAUUUAAAAUAAAUGUGAUUGCAUAAUUUUUUAAUUAUUAUUCAAAUCGUCAAUUAAAAAUUUAACAUUUUGAUUAAGAGAACUAAGUCUUCGUAUCUUAAUGGCGACAAAUAAACGACGAAUCAAGGACCUUUUGCACGACUGCAUUUGAUUUCGUUCGAUUUACCGUAAGAUUUAAUUGUGAAAAUGAUAAAUUUAUAAUAUUGUCUAUAACGUUGAUAAUUUAAUAUAUAAAGUUAAGAACAAUAAAACUUAAGGAUUACUGCCACUGCGUUUAGCGAAAUGAGUAUAUCGAGUGAUAUCUAUCGCAACCUUAAUCCAAGGCCCAGCGAUCGAUACGAAUCUUUACGAAUUCGAUUCUUUAUAUACCCAUGUUCAACCUUUCGAGAAAUGUUCACUGUGAAUGAUCGCCGGAGAAUCUGAAAUCGAACGUUCGAUCCUGCAGGAUUGCGAGAGGUGCGUUUUACAGGGCCGAUGUACAAUAUAACCACUCGGAAAUAUAUAAUGUAGUGGUAAUUUUUAGAGACCGAAAUUUCCUGCACGAUCGAACGUAAUUCGAAUUACAUUAUACAUAUUCCUUCCUACAAAAAGAAGUGUAAAAUUAGAAUUGUUCGCGCGUAGCUUUUUGUACAUCGAUCGCUUUUAUUUAUUCAAAUGAGAAUAUUGCAUAAAAUAUGUGAAUGGUAUCAUUAGUAUUUACCGAAAAUGUGACUUAUUUUAUACGACGAGAAAACUUUAACUUUUGACAUAUUUUUCACAAUCAUUAGAAAUUCAACAUAUCGAGUACAUAUCAUUGUUUAAUUCAAAAGAUAAUUAAUGUUAAUAAAUCAUGUGAACAAUUCUUUCUGUAGGAAGCAUUCUCCCUGGAUAAUUAGGGGAGGGCAAACAUACGUGUGAAAAUCAUUGUAGAUUAUAAACGUAAUAUCGAAUGAACUCUGCCGACUAUUUAUUCUCGUCGUAGCAGUAAUUAAACUGGUGAAUAAAGACACUUUGUACAAUUUUUAAUAACGAGAUCCUAAUUGUUGUAAACGCAUCGACUCCGAUUUCGCAUCAUACGUUUCAUUGAACGGGCGCACCCGGCGAGGUAAGUCGAGAAUGGAUCAAGCCGCGUAAAUCAAGAACCCUUUCGCUGCAAAAGCCUCUCGAGUAAUGUAGAUCAUGAUUAAUUCGUAUGUAGAUCAUGAUUAAAUCGUAUUGAGCAAUAUAUGAAAUUAAAUAAAAUUUGUAGUAAACUGA